GCCUGCCCCGAGUCCGAGGGCCCCGCCGCCUCCCUGCUGGUGUCCCGGUGCUUCGGCGCGGGGCCGGGCGGUGUGGAGGAUGAGCUGGUUCAACGCCUCGCAGCUGUCCAGCUUCGCCAAGCAGGCGCUGUCGCAGGCCCAGAAGUCCAUCGACCGGGUGCUGGACAUCCAGGCUGAGGAGAGCCCCUGGCCCGACGCCGUCAUCCCCGAUUACGGAGACGGAACAAAUUCUCUCAUAAGUGGAGGAUGGGAUACAUCUUCCUGGGGCUUAAGUUCAAAUGCAGAACCACAGAAUCAGCCAGCAUCACCAACAGCAAUCACUAAGCCAGUGAGGAGGACGGUAGUAGAUGAAUCUGAAAACUUCUUCAGUGCCUUUCUCUCUCCGACAGAUGUUCAGAGCAUACAGAAAAAUCCAGUGGUGUCCAAACCUCCAGCCAAAUCACAGCGACCCAAAGAGGAGGUGAAAAGCACUUUAAAGGAGUCUCAGCACCCCAGUCAGGCAGAAGUACCAGUGACGACAGAGGCAGAAGUGAACGAUUCCUCUGUAGCUGGCUUAGAAGACUUGAAAAACCUUGAUAUUGCUAAGGAGGAAUUAGAAGAGAAUUCUGUGCUUGAAUCUAAUGUUAAGCGUGAAGAAAGUACAAAUGAAAUUACUGACAAAAAGGUGUCUGCUCUAAAUUUGGAAGUACCUGAAGAACCUGUAAAUGAAAAAUCCAGUGUAGAAGGGGAUGGAACAGGAGGUGCACCAGAUAGCACUUUGCAGCCUCUUAAUGCAGGUACAAAAGACACGGGUUUGGAAACCCGGGAGCGAAAGACUGAAGACAGGCAAAGCAAUACACCCUCACCUCCCGUUAGCACUUUCUCCUCGGGGACAUCCACAACUAGUGAUAUUGAAGUUCUAGACCAUGAAAGUGUAAUAAGUGAGAGCUCAGUAAGUUCGAGACAAGAAGCUGCAGAUUCAAAAUCCAGUCUCCAUCUAAUGCAAACAUCAUUUCAGCUUUUAUCUACGUCUGCCUGUGCAGAUUAUAAUCGUUUAGAUGACUUUCAGAAAAUGACCGAGAGCUGCUGCUCCUCUGAUGCUUUUGAAAGAAUUGAUUCCUUUAGUGUACAGUCUUUAGAUAGUAGAAGUGUAAGUGAAAUAAAUUCAGAUGAUGAGUUAUCAGGCAAGGCUUCUGCUUCAGCAUCUGUUGCUGUCAGCCCUUCUGCGCCAAAGACAGAAACGGUUGAUGCCCUGAAAAAUACAUCUGAAAACUUGAAUGAUGCUCCUGUGUUACAUGCUGAGGAAGCUGAGAUGGAAGAGAGCGGGAGAAGUGCAACCCCUGUUAACUCUGAGCAGCCAGAUGUUUUGGUUGCUGCUGUGCAAACUGCUGAAGAACAAGUUGUGAAAGAGGAGACGGAGCUACAGCUGGAUGCUGCUGCUGAAGCAUCAGAAGAGGACACUGAAAAGCAAGAGCUCAAAAAGAUGAUUGAUUCCUUAACUGAGAAACUGGAGAAGAGGGAAAUACAGUUAUUAAGUACUAGUAAAGAAAAGGCGUGCCUGGAAGAAGCUUAUGAUAACCUAAAAGAUGAAAUGUUUAGAAUGAAAGAAGAGAGCAGUAGCCUUUCAUCUCUCAAAGAGGAGUUUGCUCAGCGGAUUGCUGAUGCUGAGAAGAAGCUCCAGCUGGCCUGCAAAGAACGAGAUGCUGCUAAAAAGGAAAUGAAGACUGUUAAAGAAGAAUUGGCAACUAGACUUAAUACCAAUGAAACUGCUGAAUUGCUAAAAGAAAAAGAAGAGCAAAUCAAAGGAUUAAUGGAGGAAGGAGAAAAGCUUUCCAAACAGCAGCUGCACAAUUCCACCAUUAUAAAGAAAUUAAGAGCCAAAGAGAAAGAGAGAGAAAAUGUUAACACAAAACAGACCAAAAAGAUUAAGGAGAUGGAAGAGGAGUUGCAGCAUUUAAAACAGGUGCUUGAUGGCAAGGAAGAGCUUGAGAAGCAACAUCGGGACAGCAUUAAACAGCUAAACAGUGUUGUGGAGCGACAAGAAAAGGAUCUUGCUAAACUUCAAGCAGAAGUGGGGGACCUAGAAGAACGCAACAGAAGUGUCCAGGCAGCACUUGACAGUGCAUAUAAGGAACUUGCAGAUCUUCAUAAAGCUAAUGCUACAAAGGACAGCGAGGCACAAGAAGCAGCUUUAAGUCGGGAAAUGAAGGCAAAGGAGGAGCUUGGGUUAGCUUUGGAGAAGGCCCAAGAGGAGGCUCGGCAGCAACAAGAAGCUUUGGCAAUUCAGGUGGCGGACCUAAGGCUGGCGCUGCAACGUGCAGAACAGCAGGCAGCAAGGAAAGAAGACUAUUUACGUCAGGAAAUUGGUGAAUUACAACAGAGACUCCAAGAAGCAGAGAGCCGGAACCAAGAACUAAGUCAAAGUGUUACAUCAGCUACACGGCCACUUCUUCGUCAGAUAGAAAAUCUGCAAGCCACACUGGGAGCACAAACCUCUGCAUGGGAAAAGCUUGAAAAGAACCUUUCUGACAGACUUGGUGAGUCUCAAACUCUUCUAGCAGCAGCUGCUGAGAGAGAGCGGGCUGCUACAGAAGAACUUCUUUCUAAUAAAAUUCAGAUGUCUUCUACUGAAUCUCAGAAUAGUCGUUUAAGGCAAGAAAAUACACGCCUUCAAGCUCAGCUGGAAGUGGAGAGAAAUAGAUUGAAGAAAAUGGAAAAUGAAAACAGUAGGUAUGAGGUUGAACUAGAAGGGCUCAAAGAUGAGUAUGCAAAAACCUUGGAAGAUGCAAAGAAAGAAAAGACACUGCUGGCUACUCAGUUAGAAAUGGAGAAGAUGAAAGUUGAACAGGAAAGAAAGAAGGCACUUUAUGUGCAAGAAGCAGCAAAAGAGAAGGAUCGGAAGUCAUUUACAGUUGAAACGGUUUCAAGUACCCCAACUAUGUCACGUUCUAGUUCCAUAAGUGGAGUUGACAUGGCAGGACUUCAGACAUCUUUCCUCUCUCAGGAUGAUCCUCAUGAUCACUCCUUUGCGCCAGUAGCUACUGGUGGGAACAAUCUUUAUGAAGCUAUAAGGAUGGGAGCAGGUUCAAGUAUAAUUGAAAACCUUCAAUCCCAGCUAAAACUAAGAGAAGGAGAGAUUUCACAUCUACAGCUGGAAAUUGGAAACCUUGAGAAAACUCGAUCAAUAAUGGCAGAAGAGCUGGUUAAAUUAACAAAUCAAAACGAUGAACUUGAAGAAAAAGUGAAGGAAAUACCAAAAUUACGUGCCCAGUUAAAGGAUUUGGAUCAAAGAUACAACACAAUUCUUCAGAUGUAUGGGGAGAAAGCAGAGGAAGCUGAAGAGCUCCGGCUAGACCUCGAAGAUGUGAAAAACAUGUACAAGACUCAGAUAGAUGAACUUUUAAAACAGAGACAAAAUUAAGUCCUGCUGGAACUCUUUAACAUUAUAUGAUAACAGACUGUAAAGAAAAUUGUUUAUGUAAAUGCUGAAUUUAAAUGUCUUGUAAAAACCCCAACUGUAUUAUAGAAAAUGUGACUAUAUAAUAGAGUUCAUAUGUUGACAAAAAUCAAUGCUUCAAGUGUCUUGUACUGUCUGCAGUUAAAUUAUUUGUACAAUAUUUAAUGUUUUUUUUUUCAGUCAUCCCUUUAUUUAAGUUUCUGCUGAUGGGUGGAUCAUUUUAGUUAUAAACAGUAGCAGCAAUGAUGAUUGUUACCUCAUGAGACAGCACUGGAAGGCAGGAGUUUUACUAAAGCAGCCCUUGAUUCAUAAACUCUGUAUCUAUGAAAAUUACAUUAGGAGUUUUUCUUAAGUGUUCUUAAUAGGAGCUUUUCUAAAACCUCAUCAGUUAAUUUUUAAUAGCAAAAUAGCAGUGGCUUGCUGUCUGAAACAGAACUGAUGGAUAUUUUUAUGGCAGGAAAACUCAUACUUGCGACAUCUGAACCUUAAGAUGAUAAUUCUCUGCCCUUAGCCAAAUCAGGUUAGUCUGUUUUACACUAAGUCCUCUAAAGCAAAGCCUGAGGCUCAGAUGAGACUAUAAAUUACAUCUUCAUCUUGCAUAUUACUUGUGUUGUUUCAUGAGCUGUCUAGAGACAGCAGCUCUGCUUGUAACUCACAUGUGUUUAAUUUUAACAUCAGAAAGCUGAACUAUUCAAUAUUUAUUCUAGACUUGGAUGCUGAUUUUUUAGCAGUAGUUAAGACAGUUCAGAAGAAUGCAGAAAAUGACGGCUAUUUUUUUCUUUCUGUUACUUGCUGCUGUUCUCAUGGUUCCUUGUAUGUAAGUGGCAAGGUUUAAAGUUACUGCAGAAUUGUACUGUGACUUAAUAUAGUUUUCAUGUAAGUCUCCAGUGGCUGCAACAUAUUUCUCAUGCCAUUCCUUGGGCAAGGUAUUGGUCAAAUAGCAUCCACAUGGCUUGAAGUUUAGCUACAUUUUCGGUAAUGUCUGAGGAAACAUUUGAAUUGGACCCUUGGGAAUGUUGAGAAUCGGGGGAAGACGCUUGUGUCUUCCUCCCUGCAUUCCAGACAGCAAAUAUUUAACUGCAUUGCAGAAUUGUAGCCGUGAUGGGUACUUGGGUGAACUACUCAGCAGUCAAAAUUCCUUGCUUAUCAUACUGUUGCCUCUACUGGGAGAGGGUUUUUUCACAUCUGUGCGAGUUCUAAUUUGUGUUAGAGAAGUCUGUUCCUGCUUGUGUGUUCAGUGGCCUGAGAAAGAGACAAGGGAUGUGAAUAAUGAGAAAUUGCUCAUGGAGAAGAGCUGCUCAGGAAUAUGAUGUUUCUAUGGGUGCUGGGGAUUUGUUCCUCACUGUGAGAACAGUCAGUCACUGAAGUUACACAGGCAAGGGUAUGUUCAUGGAAAAGCUUAGUUCAGCUUGAGGUUCAGGCAUUUAUUCUGAAGAUUUCAAUAAAGCCAGAGAGCAAGAACACUAAAAUUUGUCUUAACUCCCUAUUUGUCAUAGAAACCCUUUUCUUUUCAUGGGGAGGUAGGAAGGAGCUGCCCUUUUACUGCCUUCAUUUUAGUUGUGGAAACCAUUUUUGUUCUAAACCAUUUUUCUUCUAAAAGCUCAGAAUUUAACACUUUGCCUUCAUAUUUGAAGCACGGUUGAUCACUUUAAGUUUCAACUCCCACUUCCCCCCCAAAAAACCCAAUAUAACCCAGUCCAUAUAACAUCACUUGUUGGAACUUACUGAUUUGCUGUGUGCUACAAUUCUGAUAUGCAAAUGUGAGAUGUUCAGCCUUUUCUUAAAAACUAAAACCAACCUGAUACGGUGUUCAAAGGUUAGAAAUCCUAUUCAGCUUUACUGCAGUGAAUAAAAUGCUGAUUUUGACCAUUUUGUUACAGUCUUGAUAGACAAAUAGAGCACUUAAGGAAUUUGGUCUAUUGCUGACAGUGCUUUUAAAGGUAACAUUACCCAUGUAAGGUGUGAGUAGCUUCAGGUCUGACACCGGUGCAGUUGUGACUAUCUUGGGUUUUCCAAAAGAGCUUAGGUAAAAAGGAGCUUUUAACAUGCAGUCAGCAUUAACUGGUUUAGAUACAAAAGCACUUGUCAGAGUACUAGAUAUUUAAACUUACAAAAGUUAGAUGUAAAUAGUUAUGUUGACUAUUUUUUGAUUCUUACUCUCAUUCAGUGCAACCUUUACUAUCACAUGAGAAUCAGAUGGCCUAUGGGUCAUCAUCAAAGCCUUAGAGAACAAAGUGCUAACAUAGACUUGUAAUCUGGUUGAGUCAUCUUUGGUAUAAAUCUUGGAUGCUUGUUUUGAAGAAACAUUAAUGUCUGUUUGGCCACCUUAAGGUCAUUGCUACUACUGAGAUUGCAGAAUGAAAGAAGUUGAGUCUGGUGCUGUUUAAAUGUAUUGGUUUAGAAUAUUCCUUCUGAAAGCAACUAACUUAUACCUCAUUUUCACUGCAUGUACAAGUGUGAAGUACUGCUGUUUAAAGGCUUACUCGAUAUAUACUCUGCAGAGAGGGCUUAUUUCUCAGUCUGUGGGAGGUAAUGGAAGGUGGUGUCAGUGGGUUUGGAUGAGGUGUAGAAUGCACUGGUACUCACUUCUUGGGGCACUGCUGUGUCCUCGAUAGAUGCAGGAGAUGAUGUUCAAUAUCCUACAUGCUCAUAUGUAAGAGAGAAGGUUUGCUUUUUAUUUUUUUGUUCUGCUCUAAGUUUGUUGCAAUUCAUGUACAUGUGUUUUAUGAAGGGCUGUAAUGAUCCUGGGUAUGGAAUGAAAAGGGUUGUCCCAUGGUUAAAUUGAACCCCUGGGUUUCUAGUUGUAAAAUGUGUAUAGAAUUGUAAAAAGCAUGGGGCUGGGUGAAAUAAAACUUUGUGCUAA